AUGUGCCAGCGUGAGCGAUUGGUUAAAGAGAUGAUACCUCCCUUACCACAGAGGUCUCUUCAGCAAGACCAAAUCACCAAGGUAAACUCUCAAACUCGUUUAAAGAUAUCUGAAGGGCUUUAUCAGAAAGGUUUGCUAUCUAUCUUGCGUAAAUUGAAAAGUGCUCCAGACCAGGAGGUAAGGAUCCUUCUCCUGGGACUUGAUAAUGCUGGCAAAACUACAUUGCUGAAACAGCUUGCUUCAGAAGAUAUCAGCCACAUCACUCCUACACAGGGCUUUAACAUUAAGAGUGUACAGUCUCAGGGUUUCAAGCUCAAUGUGUGGGAUAUUGGAGGUCAAAGGAAAAUCCGGCCGUACUGGAGAAACUACUUUGAAAAUACUGAUGUACUUAUCUAUGUGAUUGACAGUGCUGACAGGAAGAGAUUUGAAGAAACAGGUCAGGAGUUGGCAGAACUUUUGGAUGAGGAGAAGCUCAGUGGAGUCCCUGUGCUCAUCUUUGCUAAUAAACAAGAUUUAUUAACUGCUGCCCCAGCUUCAGAAAUUGCAGAGGGCCUUAAUCUGCACACAAUUCGUGAUAGAGUUUGGCAAAUUCAGUCAUGUUCAGCCCUCACAGGAGAGGGAGUACAAGAUGGAAUGAAUUGGGUCUGCAAAAAUGUCAACGCAAAGAAGAAAUAAAACAAAGAAUGUGCACUGUAAUGAUGCAGACAGCAACGUCCAGACACAGAACUGCUACUUUAUGACCAAAAUUGUUUCCACCUGUGUUUUUAGAGGACUUAAAGGUCACUACUCACAUUCUCCCCCCACUGGCACAGGAUAAAAUUUAAAUAAAGGCUUUAUACAUUAGCCUACAGUAGCUUAUUCCAAAUACACCAUGUCUAAACUAUUUUGUUGCCUGCAAGGCUUUCGCUUAAAAUAGUACGUUGAGAUUUUCCAACCUAGAGAUAAACCGUGUAUAUUUAACAGAACUUUAAUUGAUUUAGACUGAACUUUAAAGUGAUACUAUCUGUUCAGAAAGUGUAUUUAGUAGGUACCUAUAUGCCAUUUUUAGAUAGCAGUGUUCCUUUAGAAAUCUUUUACGAUACAAAGAGGAUUUAUUUAAUGCUUGGGUGACAACCAUGAAACACUAUGAAUUCACUGCAAAAUCAUAAAUGACUGUGACCUAUACAGUGUAUACUUUAUAAAGUUAAUUUGUUUCUCACACAGGGUUAACUUGUAGAUGUGGCAAAUGUGGUCCACAGUUUGCGCAGAUUUAAAUGUUAUCAGUCAUCAUUUGAAACACUUACACUUAGCAUGUUCUACCUUUUUUUUAUUUCGUUAUUUAAACAGUAGUAACUUUCCAGUUUUCUCAUUUUGUAUAAAAUGUUACGUGUGCUAAUAGCAUCCUGAAGACUUAUUUUGUCACUAGUACAGUUUACGAAUAUGCAAUACAGAUUGUUUAAAAAAAUAAAUUGUAAAAAAAACUCUCAGAAAA